CUUGGUACGAAUACACUUACAACACUUUUGUAUACAGCAAACUAAUUCUGAAGUGGAAUCAAUGCAGUAUCAUUAGAAUAAUCAGUGAAAGGUUCCCACGUGGCAUAAAAUCUGUGAACCUUCCGUUUCAGUAAAAACGUAAUUCUUUCCAGCUGAAGGUAUUGCAUAACAUCCAUCAAGAGAGCAGAAAGAGUGGGUGGUUUUUUCCUUUCCAAUUACAUGUAAGUAAAAUCAGUCUUUGUGCUAGGAGUGUGACAAAUGCAAUCAUAUAUUGAUUAUCUGACAGCACUACAUUAUCAUUCUUAAUACUUCAGAUAGCUAGGAACGGGUCUGGGUCCAGACAAUGAUUUAUUUAUUUAUUUUUUACAUCAACCACCAAGAGAGCACAAAAUCACUUGCAAUUUUGAGGUUGGGCAUGCUAGCUCUGCACCACAUCUGACAGACUAUGUAACCAUAGAUCUGCCUGUUAUUACUAAUUAAUAUUACUGAUGGGCUCACCAUACCCAUCAUAUCAGACCUGAGGUCCCCACUGUGGCAGAGUACAACUUGAAAUUAUCGGUCUGGUCCUUGGGCAGGACCUGGCCUAUGCACAAACAGUCAGCCACUCUUGUGAAUGCAUGUGCAACAUCUACGUGCUGGUUCUGAGCUGACUAUUUGAAAUCACCAGACAUAAACCCCUUAUUUUUGCACAGCGAAUGGUGUUUUUAAGCUUUUGCAGAGUCAAUUAGAAGUGGCUCAUCCUGGGUCGACCCUAAAUAUAGUGAGGGCUCUCAAGCAUUAUAUGGAACUGAUGGCCAGCUGGCCAGUCACUGACUAAAUGUUUGUGUGCUUUUAGGAGCACCAUACAGGGACUUGUUGUCUAAAGAUAAUUUAGGCUAUUGGGUAAAAUGAUUACCCAGGAUUGUGCUAAGAUUCUUGCAAGCAGGUCAAGAAGUGCCUUCUUAAAGGACAUUAAAGGCCAUUUGAUGCAAGGCAUGGAUACCUCCUGGGCCGCAUUAAAAGGAGUGUCAUUUGUGCACAUUUGUGAUGCAGUGACAUGGAGUUCACGGUCCCUCUUUGCCAGAUUUUGCAGAGUGAUGGUUACUUUUCUCAACCAUGUGCUGUUUGGUGAUUUCGAGUGAUCCUUACCCUCAAAAGACUACAGUAUUAAGACUCUGAAGGUUUCUUAUCCCUAAUAAAGGUACAAUAUCAGCCCAUUGAAUAAUUUUCACCCUCAACAAAGAGCAGUAUCAGACUGUUGAGGGAUAGUAGAGGUAUGUGAGGUCGUGGUCAUGGUCAGGAGGUGAUACUAGUACUUGACAAGGAAAUGAGAAAACUCCACUAGCUCUGCAGCAAACCUCCCUGGUGGCCCUCCACAGUUGCAUAUUGUUAUAGUCUGUUUCUAAAAUAGAAAGAAAACAUUUUGAUGUGAAAACGGUUUAAGGAUGUUUCUGUAUUAUACUAAGAAUGGAAUACUAAGCUAGCAGUAAUCUAACUGUAUGCCCUUAUUAUUCCUAUACAAACUACUUUUUAAACAAGCUUUUUAAAAAUUUCACAAAGCAGCUUUAUAGAAAUAUGUAGACUCAGGAUAUAAAUUUAAAAUUUCUAAAUUUAUCCCUAAUAAGUAGGCCAGAGGUGACAGUGGCAAGGAAAAACUCCCUGAGAUGACAUGACCUGAAACCUUGAGAGGAACCAGACUCGAAAGGGAUCCCAUCCUCAUCUGGGUGACAACAAAUAGUGCUAUUAUAAAUAAUUCCCUUCUAUAACUGAAAAUGUGCAACUGUGUAGCCAGGAAAUUCAUUAUAGUUUUCACAUGAAGUCUCUUUUGUUGAGUUUAUCAAACUGUUCACUGAUGAAGACUUGAGUGCAGAACUGUUCGUGGGAAUUGCAGUCCUAAAGCUACCAUAACAAUUGUAGUCUUAAGCCAUCUUAGCAAAACUGUUUGUAUCAAUUACAGUCCAAAGCCAAUUUUAUUAUUAUUUCAUAUUAUAACUUAAUAAGUUAUAUAUAUCAUAUAAUUUCAGGUCAACAUUAAAACAUUAAUUCAUUUAUCUUCAGUAAGUGCUUUAUCCAGGGCUGUAGUGGAUCUGGAGCCAAUCUUGGUAACACUGGGUGAAAGGUGGGAGAAUUCACACACUUUCACACCAAGAGGCAAUUUAGCGUGGCCAAUCCACCUACCUGCAUGUUUUUGGGAGAUGGGAGGAAACUGGAGAACCUGGAGUAAACCCAUACGAACAUGUGGAGAACAUCCACACUGACUGUAACCCAAAAAGUGAAUCCUGACGAUGUCACAGCCAUUUGUGGCCUGGAGUCUAGAGAGCAAAAUUGGCAGUGCUCUCUGGGUAGGAGGCGCAUACUCUCCCUUUCAAUCAGUUACAUACUAACCAACAGUGAGCGUCUGUGACUUCAAGUAUGCAGGAGGGCCCUCAAAACUCCAAAUAAUUAUGGAAGCAAUUACCCAUACCCUAUUGUCAAGACAGAGGAAGGAGAGAAAAAAAAUGAUUCUAAACAAUAACCUUUUAGGUAAAAUGCUUUUUUUUUCUAUAAAUAAAAAAAUUAUCAGCCAAGAGAACAAAAUUAUUUCAGGCUUGAAAUUAGCAAAAAAAGAAAAGGUCUCAAAAUAAAAAGCAGCCCAGAAUGGCAAUGUUUGCUUCCUACUUGGAGGGACAGUCAUGUCAGGUGACAUGGAGGGGAUGUACAUCUGCUCCAUCCAGACUUUCCACUAGGGUCCCACAAGGCGGAGUGCUGGGCCCUCUUCUGUUUCUCAGUGAGGUUAUAUCCUUACAUGACUUUUCAUACAACGGCUUUGCUGUAGUUAUGCAGUCAUUUAUCACCAUGUUCCAUGGUACUAUGUUCCCUUCAAGCAACAAGAGCAUGUACUGGCACCCAGGUGGUUACAUGAACUUCUUUUGGUGAGACUUCUCUCCCACAUUCUUGCACUCCUAACAGGAUUUUAGUCUUAUGGUAUUCUUAGACCAUGGUCUGUUUGUACUAUUGUGAAUAUAUGUUUUUCGAUAGAGAGUUCAAUGAACUUCUCUAUUUUGCUCUGGAUGAGAGCAUCUGGAAAAUUCUAUGUAAUAUUACUAUACAUCAACUAGCAUCAUUAACUAAUUCUAAUAUAUUUUCUUCUUUAAUUCUACUUUUAUUGUUUUGUUUAUAAUGUUAGGUACCAUUAAAUGCAUUUUAUACUGAUGAAUAAUGAAUAAUAUAAUACUUAAUGAAUAAAUUGAGACUUAACAUGAAAAGUUUGUAAAUCUGCCUUGCAGACGUCAAUUAACUGUCGUGCAGUGCUUAGUUCUUAUUACACUCAUUGCUAAUUAACAUUAAUACAUAAAAUCUGCUUAAUAAUACAGAAAUAGAACAAUAGCUCUCAGCAACAGCUUGGCCAAACAAAAUAAAUUUUGCAUAUUGAAAAAUUAAAUAAUAUUUGCAUCUACAUGCUUCUCUUUAAGUAGAUUUUAGGGAUUAUCAAUAACUCAAAAACAAACAAACAAACAAACAAACAGCCAUUUGAAAGACUUGUCAUUAUCCGAUUGGCAAAACUUGGUAGACAUUUAGCAGCCUCGGCAAGAAGGUCCCUGCCACUGGGUGUGUGCCACUUAAGCCCUCUUGUACUACCAACAGACCAAAUCAGAGCUUAAUAUUCACUUAUAUCUUCUGAUCCAAAUGCUUUGACUACAAUUCUUUCUUUUGAAUCUGUGGUAUAUGCAAAGUUCAAAGCAUUUUUCUCAUUAAUAAUUGAUUGUCCAUUGCUUGUAGUUAGAACAAGUUUGUACAAUAUUUUAAAUGGGCUAUGAGCUUGAAUGCAUUAUCCAAUUUUGAGUACUCUUGAUAUAGCAUUCACUUAGGGGUGUUUCACAUCUAAAUCCACUCAGAUAUUUGACUGUGGAAGUCGAAUUUUGGGAAGUCUUCUUCCAGGGCAUGUCCUUACAUUUCCUUUUUCCAUGUCCUUAUACACACUAAAAGAAUAGUUUAAGCAACAGUCAACAUUCAGUCACUAAUGGCCAUACUAAGGGUGUGGGAGUAUGCACAUGCAAAUAUAUCAUUUGGAAAGCCAAUGUUAGUAGAACAUGUAUUAGCAAGGCAUAAUGGUUAUAAUAAUGGCCAUGUAAUACAGUUUUACAUGCUUUGUAGACGUAUUUAAAUGGUUAUUUAUAUUUAUUGAAAAUAGUAUUUUUUAGUAAAGGCAGUUCUUUACUGCUGUAUUUUUGCAUUUAAUCAAGUGUUCAUUUUGCUUUUUAAAGGCUAUAAUGUAUGAUGUAUCCUUGCCAGAAAAAACAAUAUGAAGAUAAUUUGGUAAAAUUUUAAUGCCAUAUGACAAACAUGACAAACAAUAAAUACUGAGAACAUAAGAUAGUCACCCAAUUAGAGUUAAUUAAAUGAAUCCUUUAUCACUGAAAAAGAUAUACUAAUAUUUACAUGAACUUAAUGGUAAUGUUUCUACAUAAAAGACAUAAAAGAAGCAGGACACCCUCAACUCCUAAAUCCCAAUUUAUCCCCUAUGCAUAAUUUGUAGACAUAGCUGAGAAUUUGAUUGAUUGGCCAAACAAGCAAGAAUUAUAAACUGUCAUAUGCUUGUGAAUGUGAUAGUUACUUUGGGCUAUACUUCCUUUUGAAACUUAAAUGCUAUGAAUAAAAACAUCCUGGGAUAUAUGUUGGUGUGUAUGAGGUAAACAGCAUUCUUUGUAUCUCUCUAGACAGUGCUCUGUUGUUGACUGCGAAGCUGUACAGUGUAUUAGUGUGCGUGGUGUGAUGUAAUGUUGGGAGGGGGUUCUCAGGCUGUGUUAGCUAAUGGGGGCUGAAUGCAUCUGGGCGGGGCUGAUGGAUGAACAAUAACAUCAUGACCUCAUAGAGAGAAUACGCAAGCAGGGGAGUAACUGAGACACACUAAGGGAGAGGGCUGGCCUUCACAGAGGGGAGAGAGAGAGAGGGAGAGAGAGAGAGAGAGAGAGAGAGAGAGAGAGGGAUAGCGUGUAUGCAAAGAAGAGACUACAGCAUUGCACCAACCCCAAAGGAGGCUCUCUUUACUGAGGAUUUUGGAAGAAUUGCCUUUCUCUUCCAUUACAUCUAUCCAUUUUUCCUUCCUUUUUCUACCAUUACCCACUGGCAGCGAUACCCACUCAUCAUUGCCCUCCCUGCACCAGGCUGUUCUUCCGGGCAUGCUACUUAAGCCCAAGUAUGGCCGCUUUCGCAACGACUCUGUGACCUCCUCAGACGACCUGAUACAGAGCUUAGCCAUGAGCGGGAAGGUGGUAGCCACAGCAGUGGCUCCUUCUUCAGUACCAAACUCACCAGUGCCACCCUUGGAGCCCACCAUCCUCACCCCACCCUUAGUCCAGGCAUUGGCUGAAUCUCCUGGCCUUGAUGGUGAGCAGGACAGUGCCACCACCUUCUGCAUGCUCAUCCCCAAGAUGCCCCAGUGGAAGUUCUCCAACUCGCUGCUGAGCUGCAGCCCUUCUAGUUCCAGCUCCAGUAAGGAUUCUAGCAAAACCUCCAUGGCUAAGGCAUCCCAAGCCACUUCAAGUAUAGCUCCAACCUCUAGUGGUCCCAUGACCAGCCUCGCUGCUGCACUUAACUCCUGUGACCCUGUCUGUAUGGGUCCCUGUUCCCUGCAGGCUGUGAGCAGACAGAGAGUCGUGGUAGGCUCAGCUAGUCCCAGUGGCUUUGGAGGUACAGAUACAGCAGAGGGGAUUCCAGGCAGUUCUGGGAGCUACCGCACAGGCACAAACCGCAGGACCAGGGCGGAGGGCAUAUGGCUUGGUGGAGAAGACCUUAGCCACAAAGGCAAUUUCAUCCAUAAGCCCUCGCAGGGCUGGCUGCACCCAGACAGCAAAAUAAACAGCACAGGGGCCUCCUACAUUGUCAAGUAUUUAGGCUGUAUUGAAGUGCUUAAAUCAAUGCGUUCCCUGGACUUCACCACAAGAACACAGGUGACAAGGGAGGCUAUCAACAGGCUGUGUGAAAUAGUUCCAGGAGGGAAAGGUGUGUGGAAGAAGAAGGCUGCCAACAAGGCCCUUCAUGCUGUCAUGGGAAAGAGUAACUUGCAUUUCGCUGGUAUGCGGAUUGCUAUCAACAUCUCAAUAGACGGGCUGAACUUGCUUGACCCCACCACGCGACAGGUGAUAGCACAUCACCCUAUGCAGUCCAUCUCCUUUGCUUCUGGAGGAGACACGGAUACACCUGAUUAUGUUGCAUAUGUGGCCAAAGAUCCUGUCAAUCAAAGAGCAUGUCAUAUUCUGGAGUGCUGUGCAAACCUUGCACAGAGCAUUAUCAGUACGAUCGGCCAAGCCUUCGAGCUGCAAUUCAAACAGUACCUGCACAGCCCACCCAAAGCCACACCCAGCCUGGACAGGAAUGUAAGGACAGAGGAGUCAGCAUGGGAUGAUGAUGACAUGUUUUUGGAACAUGAUUACUACAACAGCAUACCAGGAAAAGAACCUCCACUGGGAGGAGUAGUGGACUCCAGACUCAAGACGCCAGCAGCCUUGCUAGGCCACGUCCACUGCCUACCGCAGAGCAAAGCAGCACAGCCUGGAUCUACAGCUAGGAGAGACAUGCCCUCACUACCUGCAGCUCAGCUGUGUUAUGAAGUGCAUUGGGACAUGGAGAACUGCAGUAGCUCAAGUAUGACAUCUGAUGGGUAUUUGAGAGCAGAUGGACAUCCUACAAGUAGCCACGAUUAUGAGGAGCACCUGUAUGUGAAUACACUGAGUCUAAACAACACAAGACCAUCAUCAGAUGCACAGGAAGAAUGCAACCCUGAGAGCCCCAAAAAAGACAUCUUUGACAUGAGACCUUUUGAAGAUGCUCUGCGUCUGCAUGAGGCUGGUAGUGUGUGUUUACUGGAGGACAAGUGGCCAAGUCCCCCACAUCGCAGAGCCCCUGUAGCCCCUACUGAGGAGCAGCUCUGUCAAGAAGCCUGGUAUCAUGGGCGAAUGAGUCGCCGUGAUGCAGAGAAGCUCCUGAUCCAUGAUGGAGAUUUCCUAGUGCGAGACAGUGCCACUAACCCAGGCCAGUACGUGCUGACAGGGAUGCACUGUGGCCUGCCAAAACACUUGCUCCUGGUGGACCCAGAGGGAGUGGUACGCACUAAAGACAUGCUGUUUGAGAGCAUCAGUCACCUGAUCAACUAUCACCUGAGCAACAAGCUGCCCAUUGUAGCAGCUGAGAGCGAACUUCAUCUCCAGCAGGUGGUGUACAGAAAGCAGUGACCACCAAUCAAACAAGUGUAAGUGUGUCAAGAUUAAAAGACAACACUUGCACACACCUAUCUUCACAUAAGCAGUGGUACAAUUAGAUUGUAUUGUAUUAAUAACAGACAUUCCAUCCUUUAAUGAAACACUGUAAAUUAGUAAAAUUGCUCCCAGGUUUUAUUGAGGGUGCGAACGAGUGUGCAGAUGGUGCACUGUGAUGGACUGGCGUCCCAUCCAGGGUGUAUUCCCACCUCAUGCCUGGUGUUCCCGGGAUAGGCUCCGGAUCCACUGCAAUCCUGACCAGGAUAUAGCGGUUACUGAAAGUGAGUGAGUGUAAAUUAGUAUGAAUCCUGUUAUUAUUCUCAGGUAAAUGAAGCUAGGCAUCAUUUUGUGCAGCCAACCCUGGGUCCCUACACCUUUGCCUUAAACUUAGAUAGUAAACUUUUAUUGGACAUUAUUAUAUGUGGGAGACACACAGUGUUGGUGUUAAAUUAUACCAAAAAGGCGCAAGUUUUUAGCUGUGUUAAAAAAUGUUGGUGUAAGAUUUUUUUCUCAGGAUGCAGUGUUGCAGUGCUGAUUUUUUAAUGUUUAUUUCUUUACAACAAAUGGUUCCUUGAACUCAUAGAUUUAGAAAUUAAAGAAUGUUAAAGAAAUUCUUAGAAGGGACUCAAUUACCCAUAAAUAUGUUCAUAUUAAUAGUUUAAAGUAUUUAAACUACGUGUUUGCCCUCUUCAAAAUUUGUCAUUUUUUUGAAAGGGCAAUGAUGUGAAAUGAAAUGAAGUGAAAAGAAAUUAAAUUACAUAUAAACAAAAAUAAUAUUAAAGGCCCUAGAUAACUUUCCUUUUCCAUUUACCUACAGUGCAUUGUUUAUCACAAAUAGUUACAACCUACGUUACGACCAUCAUAAGUGCAAGCUUUCAGUUUAUUUUGCUCACUGUCCUUGGCAUAGCUCUUGAAACCUUGAAGCAAAAGCAACAGAACAAACUUACAGUAAGAAUAAGAAGCAAUCUGUUACCUAAAUUUGAAGGCAAUCAGGAAUGAUUUUUUUUUUUUUUUGUGCUAAAUAUGUGUGUAUGUUCAGGCUGACUUUGUUCUUUGCU